UUCAUUGUGGACCUUGACUUCCUCCACAGAUCAUGCUUCCUCCGUAAUUCCAAACUCGAAUACCUUAAUCUAAUUUCACCAUGAGUCGCCUACUCUGCCUUCUACUACUGCUUCUCCAUGCUUCCAAAGCCAAGAGUUGGGCUGAGGAUCUCGAGGGGAAUGAGGAAGAAGAGUUUAUCAAGGAUUGCCGAACUAAUUCCGCCUGCAGAGGAACAGACGUCAGCUACCCCUUUCGCCUGAACUCGACUCCCGCGUACUGCGGCGUUCAGGGCUUCGAGGCAUCAUGUUCCGCUGCUGGUGACGCCAUCAUCUCGCUCCCUGAUUUAGGACCCUGCAAGCUCAUCUCCAUGAAUUUUGAGUCCGUUAGAAUCAAAUUAGGAGAUGAAAGAGCUGAUCAGUGUUCCUUGCAAAAGCUCAUCUACGCCAAUCUCACCGGUUCAAUUUACGGCAGUUAUUCGCUGGUGAGAUGCCCGAGUGGAAUAGCAACAGAUUCGGAUUCGAUUAGAGGACCCAUUCCGUGCCUCAGCAAUGAGAGUCAAGGGCAGUUUGUUUAUCAAGUGGAUGCUUCGGCUUCCAUGGACCUGCUCCCGUCACAAUGCGAGGGCACCGGAAGUGCUGUUGGAGCGUGUGUAAGUGGAAUUGUAGCUGUAUUAGCAGCUCUCAUUAUAGUGUACAUUUUAAAGAAGUCUGAAAAGGAUAAACAAACUCGUUUUAAGGUAGAACAAUUUCUAGCAGCAUAUGGCGAUGCAAAACCAACUCGGUAUUCUUUUUCAAAUAUUCGAAAGAUCACAAAGAGGUUCAAGAAUAAGUUGGGGCAGGGUGGUUAUGGAAGUGUGUAUAAAGGGGAGCUAUCAAAAGGAAUUCCGGUUGCCGUUAAGAUGCUUGAGGGUUCGAAGGGGGAAGGUCAAGAAUUCAUCAAUGAAGUUGCAACCAUUGGAAGGAUUCACCACAUCAACAUUGUUCGCUUGUUGGGAUUUUGCUCAGAACGAUCAACCCGUGCUUUGAUCUACGAGUUCAUGCCAAAUGAAUCUUUGGAAAAGUAUAUUUUCUUAGGACAAGACAAAGGAAGCAACAAACCAUUCAACAUGGAGAAAUUGUUGAACAUUGCGAUUGGCAUCGCUCGAGGCAUCAAGUAUUUACAUCAGGGAUGUGAACAACGCAUUUUGCAUUUUGAUAUUAAACCACAUAACAUUCUAUUGGAUCAUCAGUUAAAUCCAAAGAUUUCAGAUUUUGGGCUAGCAAAGCUUUGCUCAAGGGAGAUUAGUAUUGUGACUAUGACUGCUGCGAGAGGUACAAUGGGAUAUAUUGCUCCUGAGAUGUAUUGUAGGAAUUUUGGAACAGUGUCAUAUAAAUCUGAUGUCUAUAGUUUUGACAUGUUGUUGUUGGAGAUGAUAGGAGGCCGAAAAAAUCAUGAUCCUGAAAUAGGAAAAAAGAGUGAGAUUUAUUAUCCAGAAUGGGUGUACGAUCGACUAGUUGAAAGACAAGAUUUAGUAUUGACAACGGAGGUGGAAGAAAAAGAUGGAGAAAUAAUGAAGAAGCUCUCCAAGGUGACUUUAUGGUGUAUUCAGUGGAAUCCAACUGAAAGACCUACCAUGACUAGAAUUCUUCAUAUGCUUACAAGUUCAGAAGAAGUGCACAUGCCUCCUAAACCAUUUGUCUCUAAUAUCAAUCAUGAUUAUACUAAUUAAUUAAUAUCCCAAACAUUCUCUCUUUCUAUGUGUAACCUAAGUUGGUAGUGACUUAAGUAAGUUCGUCGUGUUUAUAUUCAGUGGAAUCCUAUUGGCAUUAUUGUAUGGAUAUUUACAAGAAUUAUUUUCUU